GGUAACAAAUUAUCACAAACUCUGUGGCUUAAAACAACAGAAAUUAAUUUUCUUACAGUUCUAGAGGCUAGAAAUCCAAAGUCAAGGUGUUGGCAUGGCCAUGCUCCCACUCAAGGCUCUAGGGGAAGAUCCUUCCUUGCCUCGUCUAGCUUCUGGUAGCCUCAGGUGUUCCUUGGCUUGUGGCAACAUAACUCCAAUCUCUGCCUCCGCCCUGUGUGUCCCUCCUCUUUUAAUAAAGACACCAGUCAUACUGCAUUAAGGCCCACCCUACUCCAAUAUGACCUCAUGUUAACUUCAUUUCAUCUGCAAAAACCCUAUUUCCAAAUAAGGUCACAUUCACAGGUAGCGGGGGUUGGGACUUCAACAUACUUUUGGGGGGACACAAUUCAACCCAUAACAGAUGGAUACCCAGUUGUUACAGCACCAUUUGAUAAAAAGACUUGGGCUUAUUCAUCAUCUAAAAGUGUAACAAGCUCUUGGAGAAAGUAGCACUGAAAUAAGCUGCUCCCUUCACCUUACCUCUGUCCCUUUCCUCUCCCUUCUUCCUGCUUCUCCUUGAUUUCUGUGGAACCACACUGAGUUGCUAACAAACAGACACCCCAUGAUGAGGGCUUGUCACCAGAUUGUCAUGUUGUUUUCAGAAAGCUGGGCAAACAUUUCUGAGGUUUUACCUUUCUCUUAAGACCUGCAGGUGUUUUUCUGGUUCAUCAGGCCCUUGUUUGCAUACACACUGGCAUGUUGAAUUCUAGAAGGUUCCUGUAUUUAAUUUAUGAAUGCUCCCAAAAUGCAGCAUGUGAAACACCUGAAGUUUAAUAUGUUUUUAAUUGGAAGAAAUGAUGAUAGCACAUACCGAAUGGGGUUCUCUACCAUCCCCUUACUUCACAAAUAAUCAGAUUUCUUGGAGGUGGGAUCGUUGUCCUUCCUUUGGAUAAUUAAUUUUUUGGGGGGAUUUAGACAGAGCUAAUUUUUAUUCUAAGGCACCCUGGUAGCACAAAUGGUUAAGCAUUUGGCUACUAACCAAAAGGUUGAUGAUUCAAACCCAUCCAGCGGCUCUGUGGGAGAACAACCUGGUGAUCUAAUCCCAUAAAGAUUAUUGUCGUAGUUGCAUGCCAGCAAGUUGAUUUCAACUCAUAGCAACCCUAUAUGACAGAGUAGAACUGCUCAUAGGGUUUCCUAGGCUGUAAUCUUUAUGGGAGCCGAUCACUGGGUCUUUUCUCCAGCAGAGCCACUGGUGGGUUCGAUCUGCUGACCUUUGGGUUAGCAAUCAAGUGCUUAACUAUUGCCCCUGUGGAGCAGUUCUACUCUGUCACAUGGGGUCACUAUGAGUUGAAAACGACUUGACCGCACCUAACAACAACAAUCUUUAUUCCAGAUGGAGUGCCUAAUUUGUUUUGAACAUGGAUUAAAUUUCUCAAAUAAUUCUUUUUUCACUAUUUCCCUUUUUGGGGAGGCCAGGCCAGGACAGCCAGAUAUCCUGAAUCCCUGGGAUGAGUGAAAUUGUUGGCCCACCCCCACCCCUGUGAAAUGUGUUCAGCAUCUCAUUGAAAUCCUUUUCUUGAUAGUAACUUGAGCAUUUGUACAUUUCCCCUCUCUAAGCAGUAAUUUAUUCAACAACAGAAAUUGUUGUUCUUUUGAGUACAUAAUUUUGUUUAUUGAGUACAUGAUAUGCCAGGACCAGGACAAGAUACCGAGGAGCCUUGGUGGCACAGUGGUUAAAACAGUUGGCUGCUAACCAAAAGGUCGGAGGUUCGAACCCACCAGCCAACCUGCAGGAGAAGGAUGUGGCAGCCUGCUUCUGUGAAGACUUACAGCCUCGGAAACUCUAUAGGAUCACUUUGAGUCGGAAUCAACUCAAUGGCAGUGGGUUUGGUUGGGUUUGGUUUGGUUUGGGGGCAAGAUACUAGGGAUAUGUAUAUAUAUUGAUGCAGAGGAUUAUGGUUAGGGCCCCUACCCUCAAGGCUUGGAUGGUGAAGUGGGACUGGUCAGUCAAGGUCAGGCAGGCAAUUAUGAUAUAGUGUGAUCAGUAUUAGGAUAGCACAGGUGUGGGGUAUUAUGGUACCACAUAAGUAGGUCAUCAAACCCAGACUUGGGAGACCAGGACACUAGAUAAUGAACUAUCCAGGCUGAUACAGUAAAACCUGCAAAAGCCAGAACGUGUGUAAGGCAGGAAUCUGUCAGAGAAGGGAAACUCAAAUAUUUUUCACUGAAACAAGCGAUAAAGUGGUAAGACUGCACCUUGCUGAAGGUAGAAAACUUGUGAGACCUGGAAAAACAACUCUGUCCCAUCAGGUUCUGGCUCUCACAGGUUUCACUGUAUUUAAAGGAGGAUUUAACUUAGGCAAUCAGACAAAUAAAUUUAAUCUGUAACACAUCAUUGUGGAGCCCCACGACUGACAGAUUUAUCUUUCUCCCAGAAGUUGCUUUUCAAAAACAAAUUCCAUUGUUAAGAUAGCUCAACUAUUUGUGUUCUCUCUCUCUCUCCUUUCUCUUUCUUUUUUUCUCUCUCUUGCUCUCUCUCACACACACACUACCUGUGUUGUGGGUUUCUUUAAAAAUUUUUCCACUGUUUAUAUACAUUCUUUGAAGGGCUACAACACUUGUUUUUAUCUAUCUGGAAAAUUCCAGCUUGAUUGAAUUGAAUUAAAACUGAUGGAGAGAAUUUAUUUUCUGCUUUCUGGUAUGUUGCCAUUUUAACUACCAGAUGAAUUAUCAGUGAAAAGCUCCAGAAGCCUUGAAAGUUCAUCAAGACUUUCGGUCUCUUAAUUACGAAUUCUCUCAUUAAGUCUUCACUCUGACAAUACUUUUUAAUAGAGGAAAUGUGUUAGAGAUGCUAAAUGAACAGCUGGUUAAGGUAAUGGAUCCUAAGUUUUGACCACAUUCUUUUUUAAAAUUUGGAUUCUCCAUGGUUUCAUAGCAAAGGCUUAACUUUAUAUGAAAGGAGGUUUAUACAUAAAACAUGAGUGUUUGAGAUAUUUAUAUUGAGGUUGAGAAGAAUUAAUUUGAAUAUAAUUUGGCAUAACUAUGCUGUUACAGAGGCAGCAAAAUAUAACUCAACAAAAAAGUGGAUUGUUUAACUUCCUUUGAAAUUGUCAUCUGUUUACCUCAGCAAUUUUUAAAUUAUCUGACUCUUAAUUGGUUCUUUAUCAUAUUUCCAAGAUUUUUAUUUACCUUCUGCAGUUAAGAACUUGGAAUUUGUUGUAGAAGAUUGAGCCAAACAGAAAAUGCCAUGGUUACAUACUUGUUUCCUUGAGAGAACCAUGAUUUUAUUGUUUUUGAGAAAACGUUUUCUUUAAUUUAAAAAGUGAUACUAGAAAAAUAAGAGUAAAUGAAAAUUAUUCAGAAUGCCAUCACCUAGACAUAACUAUCAUUAAUAUUUGCCAGGCAUUAUCCUAGAGAUCACUUAUGUAUUUCUGUAGUAAACCAUGAGAGGAAUUAAAUUAAUAUGAAAUAAAAUGUGUGUCAUAUUAUAUACGUUAUCUUUAAAUAAGUAGUACGAAACUUGGUUUUACUUUAACAAAGAAUAAAGCUGAAGUGAAACCAAAGAAUUGUUGAACCUGGUAAAUAUUUUCUCAAAAUUAUGAAAUUAAUUAUCAGAAGAUUCUUCUAAAGUUAAGAAAAAUUAUGAAAAACUUUAAAAUUACAGUCAUUUAACAAUAUAUUUUACCUUUUGAUAUUGUCUUGUGGCAUCUUGAUGUGAAAAGUGAAGAAAUAGCACCAUGAAAAUUCUUCCCUCCUCACCUUUGUCUCCCUUCUCCCAUUUUGUUAAUUAUAAAUUUUAGCGUUUACAUUCCAUUCUGUACCUAUGCUACCACAGCUGCUUAACCUAGUUCUCUGUCCAACUAAAUUCCAAAUCAACCCCAGCCUCUUCAGCAUGGUUUCUCUACCCUUCUUUCAUUCGCUUUUGGUUGAAUGAAGUUCAUUGACAACUCAUGUCUUGAGUUCUUGCAUGCCUGAGAAUAUAUGGUCAAGGUAUUUAAGAGAGAGGUGCACAUUUAGAAAUGCAUUAGGACUUUACCUGGGACUCCUCCUCUGUACUUGACUUGGAAACUCAGGUCUGCUUCAGGUUUUCCUCAAUACUUCCUCUAAUUGGAAACCCUGAUGGAGAGUAAUGGUUAAGAUCUACGGCUGCUAACCAAAAGGUCAGCAGAUUGAAUCCACCAGGUGCUCCUUGGAAACCCUAUGGGACAGUUCUACUCUGCCCUACAGGGUCACCGUGAGUCAGAAUCAACUCAAUGGUAAUGGUUUUGGUUUUCCCCAAAUUAAACUGUCCUUUUUUAUAGUCUUUUUCAUAGUCUUUAACCAGCAUUUAGUGAGCUACAAGUGACUCCUAGUCCACUUCCCCUUUUUCUUUCCCUUUUUCUCUUCUCCACUCCCCUGUGAGAAAAGCUAUUUAAAACACUACCAUUUUCAUGUUUAAAGUCACCCGGUGGAAGCUACCCACCCCUGGCUUCUGGCAGCCAAUAAGCAGCUCAUUGAGGUUGCUCCCAAAAGUGGUUUGAACUUCCAAAACAUGUCACGUCUUAGAAUUGGAAAGCCUGUAUGUGCUUUCCUUGCUUGACUGUGUUGGUUAUUAGUUUGUGGUUAUUAGUUUUUUCAAGUGACAAUUUUGACUGUAAAAACAAAAAUCAAGGUAAUAGAAAGAUGAAGAUAGAAAUGAGAGGGAAAAAAUUGAAGUCAGAUUUGAAUAUAUUUUCACUCUAAAUUUUAUGGCUACCUAUGAACACAUAAUCGAAAUAUCCCAAAUAUUCUUAGUCCCAAUGUCAAUUAUUCUAUGUUUAUUAGUAUAACAAAUUUGUAAAUGUGGUCUCUUUACUUGCAAGUGAUGGGGAUAAACUGAGAAAUUUAGAAAUCCAGGAUUACCUGUCCUUUGUCAUAAUGAUAAAUUCCUGCAGUGGAGUUGUAAUUGGAAAUUCCUUUAAAUCUUAACCUGGCCUGUGUUUACUUUAGUACCUCUGCGGCCCUGUCCUUAUUUCAUCAGCUGCCUCCCCUGACUUCCCAUUUACUAGUCCUUCAAAAGCAUCUGGUCUUAUGUUAAGAGGUACACAUAGCUUACUCAGAAGCAAGUUGCUUGAGCCUAGAAUUAUACGGAGAAAUUGGCAUAGUCUAAUAAAAUCUUCUGUAUUAUGGCUGAAAUAUGAAUUAGUUUUCUAAAAAAACUAAUAAUAAGAGAAAUAGUAAAUUUCUUCAUUGAGGAUAACAGAGCGAGUUCUCUCACAGGCCUUCAGUUUCCCAGCCAUUGGAGGUAUAGAAGGUAAUUUAGGUGGAUGCAACAAUUUUUUUUUUUAUUUUAAUAGUAAUGCUUUUAGUUUAAUAUGUCUUACAAAUGUAUAUCUAGCAAAAUGACAAUGACACAAAAGUUUCAUUUUUAAUGUAAGUAAAAAUGAGCCAAUAUAAAAAAAUCAUUUGCAGAUAUGGCAAAAAAAAGUUGUGAAAAUGAUGGGGAAAUGAACAAAGUUUCAGAAACAUGAGAGUAUGCAAAGUAGGGAAAUCUGAAAUACACAGAUAUGACAAAAAUUGCACAGAUGUGCAAAAGACUAAUGUUUUAGAAAUAGUGGAGUAUGAAAAUCAAAAACCUGUUUAAAUUAUGCAUAUUACAAACUUCAGUUUUUCUUUAGUGAAAUCUACCUGUAUCUAAUGCAGUGGCUUUCAAUUUAUUAUCCACCGAGAUAUACAUAAUGGCUUUCAUAUACACUGUGCAUGCUCAUGGAGACACACAAUUUCUGUGCCUUCUCUGUAACUCCACCUCUUUCUCUACCACUCCAGAAAGUAUUUUGAAAGGCAAGCCAGUGAUACUCCACUCUAAUUCGCUUUUUUAAUUUAUUUUGUUGUGGUUGUUGAGAAUAUACACAGCAAAACAUACACCAAUUCAACAGUUUCUACAUGUACCGUUUAGUGACAUUGAUUACAUGCUUUGAGUUCUGCAACCAUUCUCACUCUCCUUUUCUGAGUUGUUAGCUCCCCCACUGACAUAAGCUCACUGCCCACUAAGGUUCCUAUCUAAUCUUUCAAGUUGGUGUUAUCAGUUUGAUCCCACGUAGGUAGUUCUCAGAACAGCAUAAUUCUCAAGGCAGACAUUUUUUACUACUUAAGCUAAACUAUUGUUUGGUUUUAAGAAGACUUCAGGGAUAUUUUUGGUUUAAUUCAAUUUUAAAAGAGUAAAUUAUUUACAAAUAGGUACUUUUACUAAGAAAUGAUUUUUAGCACGUCAUGGAUUGAAUUGUGUCCCUGAAAAAUAUGUGUCAACUUGGUUGGGCCAUGAUUCCCAGUAUUGUGUGGUUGUCCUCCCUUUUGUGAUUUUCCUGUGUUAUAAAUCAUAAUCUCUGCCUGUGGUUUAAGAGGAUUAGGGUGGAACAUAACACCCUUGCUCACGUCACAUCCCUGAUCCGAUGUAAAGGGAGUUUCCCUGGGGUGUGGCCUUUGCCACCUUUUAUCUUACAAGAGAUAAAAGGAAAGUGAAGCAAGCAGAGAGGGGGAACCUCAUACCACCAAGAAAGCAGCACCAGGAGCAGAGCACAUCCUUUGGACAAGGGGUCCCUGGGCAGAGAAUCUCCUAGUCUGGGGGAAGGUUGAUGAGAAGGCCGACAGAGAGAGAGAAAGCCUUCCCCUGGAGCUGAUACCCUGAAUUUGGACUUUUAGCCUACUUUACUACUGUUGGCCGGGAACUACUGCUCCAUUUGAUUGAAUAUCUUGUAACCAACGAUGGAAAAGACCCUGAAAUCACAAAUCUAAUCAAUAGUACCCGGAUACACAUCAUGCCUUCAAUGAACCCAGAUGGAUUUGAAGCUGUCAGAAAGCCUGACUGUUUUUACAGUAAUGGAAGGGAAAAUUAUAACCAGUAUGACCUGAAUAGAAAUUUCCCUGAUGCUUUUGAAUUCAAUAACGUAUCAAGGCAGCCGGAAACUGAGGCAGUCAUGAAGUGGCUGAAAAAGGAGACAUUUGUCCUCUCUGCAAACCUCCAUGGCGGUGCCCUGGUGGCCAGUUACCCGUUUGAUAAUGGUGUUCCAGCAACUGGAACCUUACACUCCCGUAGCUUAACCCCUGAUGAUGAUGUUUUUCAAUAUCUGGCACAUAUCUAUGCUUCAAGAAAUCCCAACAUGAAGAAAGGAGAUCAAUGUAAAAAUAACGUGAACUUUCCCAAUGGAGUUACAAAUGGAUACUCUUGGUAUCCACUCUUAGGUGGAAUGCAAGAUUACAACUACAUCUGGGCCCAGUGUUUUGAAAUUACGUUGGAGCUGUCAUGCUGUAAAUACCCUCGUGAGGAGAAGCUUCCACUCUUCUGGAAUGAUAACAAAGCCUCAUUGAUUGAAUAUAUAAAACAGGUGCACCUAGGUGUAAAAGGUCAAGUUUUUGAUCACAACAGAAUUCCAUUACCCAAUGUGAUUGUGGAAGUCCAAGACAGAUCACAUAUCUGCCCCUAUAGAACCAACAGAUUUGGAGAGUAUUAUCUCCUUCUCUUGCCUGGGUCUUAUGUGAUAAAUGUUACAGUCCCUGGACACGAGCCACACCUCACAACGGUGGUUAUUCCAGAGAAAUCCCAGAACUUCAGUGCUCUUAAAAAGGAUAUUCUACUUCCAUUCCAAGGGCAAUUGGAUUCUAUCCCGGUAUCAGAUCCUUCAUGCCCUAUGAGUCCUCUCUACAGAAAUUUGCCAAGCCACUCAGCUGCAACAAAGCCUAGUUUGUUCUUACUUUUAGUGACUGUUUUGCACAUAUUUUUCAAAUAAAGCAAAACGUGAAACUCGACCCUUGUCACCACCUGAAAUCGGGGAUUACUCAAGCCAGGUUACUGCAUCUCUAAUUUCCUCUGUGGGACCUCUACUGGAUAAAUUCCACGGGCUUCCCUAAGAUGAGAAAUGGCUGUUUCCAAAUCCUGCAACAAGCAAUGUAUGGUGAUAAUGAAAGGAAUGAUUCAGCCUUGAUGAUGAAUGAAAGAUAACCUGUCUAUCAAGUACUGCCCACUUACAUUUACAUUAAUCAUGAAGAUUGUCAGAAGUUAAUCUUAAGAAGCAAAAAGAAGUUCCUACAAGAAAAAGAAAAGAACCAGAGUGCCAGAUGAACAUAAGCAAUAAAGGUGAACAUUUAUCUAUCACCUACGAUAUAUACAAGACCUUGCUGUGUGCUAGUUAUAUGAAGAGGAAGUACCAUAUAUAAUUAGUUCUCAGAGCAGUAAGAAAUUAUAGGGCUGGGAAUAUUUAGUUUUGCAAAUGAUCUAAGGAAAUGUGAGAGAAAAUGGCAAUCAUGUCUUAGUGGUACGAGAAAAUAUGGGCCUGGUGGGAUGACAAGGUCAUAUCUACAGAGCUGCAAAUCAAUCAGCCAAUUAAGUAAGCCUCCCUCCAGAGGCAGUUGUCGUGCCUUUCUGCACCUGGAUGCCAUAGUCGUCUGUUGGACUGAUGACUUCCAAAUGUGUAACUCUAGCCUCUUGCCUGAACUUCAGCCUCAUAUCUGACUGACCACUGGACAUAUCCACCUGGAUGUGAUCCAUUUUGUUGUUGUUGUUAGCGGCCGUCGAGUUGGCCCCUGACUCAUGGCAACCCCAUGUGCAAUGAGAUCUGACAGUUGUGAUCCACAGAGUUCUCAUUGGCUCAUUUUCAGGAGAUCGCCAGGCCUUUCUUCUGAGUCUGUCUGAGUCUGGAAGUUCCGCUGAAAUCUGUUCCACAUCAUAGCAACAUGCAAGCUUCCACUGACAGAUGGGUGGUGACUGCCGGUGAGGUGCAUUGGCCAGGAACCAAAUCCAGAUCUUCUACAUGGAAGGGGAGAAUUCUACCACUGAACCAACACUGCAUUCAUAGGCAUCUCAAAUGCAUCAUGUCAAAAAUGGAACAUACUUUUCUCCCUAGAGCUGCUCUUCCUCCUGUAUUCUCUAUCUCAAUUAGUGUUGUCACCCAGCUAAAAACCUGGUGGCUUAGUUAUCUGGUGCUGCUAUAACAGAAAUAUAAGUGGAUGGUUUUAACAAAAAGAAAUUUAUUCUCUCACACAUUAGGGGUCUAGAAGUCCGAAUUCAGGCCACCAGCUCUCUCUGUUGGCUCUAGGGGAAAGUCCUUGUCUCCUUUCAACAUCUGUGGGACCAGCAUUCCUUGGAGAUCACCAUGUGUGUUGGCAUCAAUAUUCCCCUGGGUCAAGGAGGUUCUUAGGACAGGGACCACGGGUCCAAAGGACGCACUCCGCUCCUGGCUCUUCCUUCUUGAAGGUAGUGUGGUCCCUCCCCUCUCUGCUCAUUUCUCUCUCCUUUUAUCUAUUGUAAGAUAAAAGAUGUGACUCGAGCAAGGGUAUGACUUGAGUAAGGAUGUGACUUAACGGCUGUGACUCAAGUCACACCAUUUAGUAAGGGUGAGACUCAAGAUACACCCUACCCUAAUCCUGCCUCAUUAACAUAGAGGUUUAGGAUUUACAACACAUAAAAUGGAAGACAAUUACACAAUACCACAAAAUGGAGGGCAAUUAUAUUAAAUCAUAAAAUGGAGGACAGUUAUUCAAUACUGGGAACCAUGACCUAGCCAAGUUGACACAUAUUUUGGGGGGACACAAUUCAAUCCAUGGCACCUGGGAACCAUCCUUGAUACUCCCUCCUUCACCCCAUAUAUGUAGUCAGUCAUUAAAGGCUGAUGUUAAUUAUAUUGGUUGAUUCUAGCCUUUCUUCUCCAUGGCUAUUAACACUGCCAGGUUUAGGCCAUCAUGUCUUACCUGUACCACUGCAACAACCUUACUGGUUGGUCUCUUGCUCCCACUUUUGUCUUCUUCAAGCCCAUCCUCCAUGCAGCACUGAGGAAAGGGGGUCUACUUAAAACAAAACAAAAAUCAACAAUCAGCUGUGUGCAGUUCCUCCACACAUAACAUGCUGUUUGUGCCCCCUCUGAAAUGCCAUGCUGACCGCUACAUUUUCUUUCCCCCUCCUCCUUUAAAACUUAGUCCAGGCAUCACCUCCUCCAGGAAAACUUUGCUGACUGCCAUUCCAUUACACCCCAACCCCUCCCAGUCAAUCUGGGGUUAGGGCUCUUCCUCUCUGCUUCCCCAAAUAAACAUUAUUAUUGAGUUUAUGACACUGAAUGACGAUCAGCUACUUGCAGGUGUGCCUUCUCUAGUACAGUUUGAGCUUUUUGAGACCCGUUUAAAAAAAAAAAAAACUGUUUCAUUGAGUCGAUUCUGACUCAUAGAAGACCAGGG